CUCGCGGAGGCGGAGACGGCGCGGCGGCGGGGGGGCGGAGCUUAGACGCACUCAAGACGCGCAGCCUAUCGAACAGUUCCUCAGUACUCUGAGCGCUGCUUACCUGUGCGCCAAAAAGCCGAUAUUACCUCAGUUGGACCGUCUGCCAUGAAGAAAAUCUGAUAAAAUAUGAUGAGGAUAUUAUUUUUCUGCGCAUGUUUGUCGACGAAAGGAGGAAGCAGCAGAGCAGAGCUGAGAUAAAGUUCUUCAUACCGAAGUGCCUUCAUUCAAAAAAGAUAAUUGCUCCAAGGACAAACAGGUUUUCUUUCAUCCUACCAUGUGCUAAACUUCUCAGCAUUACCCAGAUAAAAAGUAAACAUCUUGAGCAGCCAACCUCAUCAGCAGUCUUGCACCUGCACAAGCUUCUCCCAUGGCCCACCCGUACGAGCCUUGGUUACGGACAGCCCCACCAAGUGGCAGCCAAGAGGACAUGAACAUCCCCUCCUGGUGGGACCUCCACAGGGACGUCCAAUCAGGCAACUGGAUAGACCUGCAGACGGGGCAGGGUGUCAGCUUGCCUUCAGUAAAUCAAGGGAGCUCCAUGGGGUUGCAGCACUCUUUGGGGCCCUACGGAUCUGACCCACAGCUGUGCACCCUACCUCCAGCUCAACUUGCCCACGCCUCCCAUUCAUCUCACCUCUUCCCCCAGGAUGGCUUCAAGAUGGAGCCAAUGGCUCCCGAAAUGCUGCAGCAAGAACCGUUUUCCAUGGAGGAGCCACAGGAGAACACCGUUUCUGCCCGUCCCAAACCCCAGCGCCGCUCCUCAGCCAGAGGAGCCGGCCAGGCAGCGUGCCGCUGCCCUAACUGCGUUCAUGCUGAGCAGCUGGGCCAGAGCACCGACGACAGCAGGAGGAAGCACAUGCACAACUGCCACAUCCCUGGUUGCGGCAAAGCGUACGCCAAGACCUCCCAUCUGAAGGCUCACCUACGGUGGCACAGCGGGGACCGUCCGUUUGUCUGCAACUGGCUCUUCUGCGGCAAGAGAUUCACACGCUCCGAUGAACUGCAGCGCCACCUUCAGACGCACACUGGUGCUAAGAAGUUUAGCUGCUCAUUAUGUCCUAGAGUGUUUAUGCGGAACGACCACCUGGCCAAGCACAUGCGCACACACGAGUCACCACCAGGACACGUGGAGGAGCGAAUAAAUGGAGAGGGGAGGAUGGAUAAGGGCUUUGAUGCACCUGAAACUCCUCAAUCCUCCUCAAACGUGUCCGGGUCAGACGCCACAGAGUCUCUGCUGAAGCUGAAAUGUGAGACAGACCCCUCAGUCUCAGGUGUGACAGGGUAGUCCGGUUAAUUUCUUCACCUUCAUAAGAUUUUAAUUUGUCGUGAGUCAUAGUUUUAAGAUUAAGAAUAGAGAAUUUAAAAAAAAGGUUAGGACAAACUCUAUUCUGAUGAAAGCUGGAUGGAGCAGAAAGAGUGUUCAUCUUUGUUAACGCAUCAACUGGGCUAACUCAGUAAUAAUCUAAACGUUAUUGCACAGAAAAAAAUGAAUACAACCGGGUUUGAAAAUAGAAGAUGGCGAAAGGAUUGCUGCUCAAGCUACCGAGACCAUUGGACUAGGAGACUGGGAUGAGUUUAACUGAAGGUGGCUUGUUAACUUGUUUACAAUUAAAUUAAUCAAAUGUGUCAAUAGAAGUUUUGGAGAGUUGUUUUACUCCACGUUCAAAUACAAGAGUUUAAAGGGCAGCAUGCUUUUGAACGGAGAAACAAGACAGUUUUUGUCUGCAAAUAUAUGUGUGUGUAGUCUACUGUGCAAGUUGUGAUCAGACACUGGAAUACAAUACAGAAUUGUAUCAUUUUAAAAAAGGUCAAUAGCCAUUUGGAAGGUUGAAGUACAUACCACAAAAGGGUGUGUAUAUGCUGGUAUGCAAUAAGUAAAUUCGUAAAAUUGUAAAAUUGUUCGUUCUGGUGCCACCUUAGGUACGAUGGAACGCGUGUUAAUGAGAAUAAUCACACAGUGGGAGGAUGUAAACGUUGGUUAUAGGUCACCAGGUGGACCACAACUAUGCAAACAAACAGGAAUUAAGUGUGAUUAAGAUGUGAAAAGAGGAAACUCACAAAAUCCCAACUAAUUAUAACUAGAAAUGAAAAGUGGUUAGAGCUGCUGAGGAAAUAAUGUGAUGCACUCGUCAAUAAUAACAAUAGUGUAAACUGAGCUGUGUGAUCAUUUAUGCUGAACAUCGAGAAAAAUGCUGCAUGGUCAAAUGAAUCUGUUUGCUACUAACACGACUCCACAGGUCCGUCAAUACAGGCUGCUGCCGCAGCUCAAUGAAACAGAAAUUGGGACAUUUUGCAGUCACAUGAUGUAAAUGUGAACUAAUUACUGCACUAAUUAUUCUCACACAACUCAGCGUUGCUACUGAGUUAUCUAUAUUUUACGGUAUUUGAGAAAGUUGUUUUGGUUUUCAGACCUGCAACUUUACAUUGAAUUCAGCCUUGCGGCUCUCAUCAAUAUCUUUACACGGCGAUGAGAUAUCAAUUUUGUAAAUACAGUUAGUUGUGUUGUCAUCAAAUGUUAAAAGAGCAAAUCUUAAAAGAGCUGUUGUCAAAUUCAUGCCUGAAGAGGUUCCGGCGGUGGUUGAAGCGGUAGGUUAUCCUACCAAUAGUAUCCAGGUGUACCUCAUUUAGUGGGUUUCCAAAUAUCAAUCAGCUUGAGACCCAUUUGCAUGUCUGUUCAAGCUUUAGUCCCAAUCAUCAGCAAACACUGUGUGAGGGGCUUGUCUAUCAACACAUUACAUGAGGAGCCGUUGGUGUGUCAGCAGUUCUUUCAUGUUCAAUGACUCCUUCAACGAAACAGUUUUGAAACAAGUCUCUGAAUUAGCAUGCAGAAAACGACUGUGUUAGCAUAGAAUCAAAUUUAGGUUUAACAAGCAUCAGAAUUUGCUCACUUGUUUUGGAAUAGUCAACUUUCAUAAUCAAUAAUAUGUGAUUAAUAGUUCUGUAGCAAGCAGUGUAGGCAGCUUUACAGUUUAAAAUACUAUUAGGUAUGUAUGUAACCCAUCACAGACACUAGGCAGAGAUUUCUAUAUAUUUAGGGAGCUUGCAUUAUUGGAAGCUCACAACUGCUGUAUUUAUGUAAAGGAGAUAAUAAAUGGAAGACUAUGCUUAAAGAUUAGUCAAUUGUUGUGUUUUGACUAUUUAUAUUAUUUCUAAUAAUAUUCUUCUAAUAAUAGUCUUCUUUUAUUUUCGUCAGUAGAAUAAAAUGGAUAACUAUAUUAUGGAUUUGUUGAUGUAGUGAAUGUUAA